GAUAAACCUUGGGCUCAGGCUUCCCUGCCAAUCAGAGUAGGUGGAUUUGGCAUGACACCACUAGUAUCGCUCUCUCAAUGUGCGUUUGUCUCAUCGUGGGCCCACAGCAUCAAAGAGUUGCCAAACUAUUUUUCAAGUCUGAAUCAAAUUCUUGAUAAUGUUGUCCACGGUGACCACGGUGAUCCCCAGAGAGGUUCUAUAGCUCAAGCUCUUCGUGAGGCAGUGCCUUCUGACAAACAACUGGAAGAUAUGCUACGGAAUAAAAGUAAACUACAAAGAAAACUGACACAGGAUUUAGCCAGCACUGCCAUCACUGACAUGAUUAUGAUAAGCUCAUGCGAUAGAGAGGCAGCAAGACUUCGGUCUUUGCAAGGCAAAGGGGCAGGGGCAUGGAUAAAUACGAUACCAACUUCGCAGAAGCUCGCACUAGAAUCCCGCGAUUUUCGCUUGGCGGCCUGCAUGAGGUUGGGAUUGUCUAUGCCCUUCAAAGGAUAUAUCCAAAGAUGUGAUUGCGGUGUCUCCCUUGAUGGAUCUGGCUAUCAUUUCUUGACAUGUAAAUGGGGUGGUGGGCCUGUCUGGUCCCACGAGUCCAUAGCUGCAGUGUGGGCAGAUUGUUUGAGAGAUCUCCAUAUACACCACCGACGGGAACCUAGAAACAGGUACUCAAACUCAAAUGACCGCCCGGAUAUCUCUGUUUUUGACUGUGGCUCUGGGUCUAAUGUGGACCUGGACAUCUCACUGGCGCACCCAUAGAGCUCUGAAAUCGUCAGCAGUGCAGCACACACAGAUGGAGCUGCAGCACUAAAGAGAGAAGAGAAGAAGCUGACCAAAUAUUACAAACAACUCCUUCCUGGGGGAGAAUCGUUCACCAUUGUCCCUUUAGUCCUGGAGCAUUUUGGAAGAUGGGGCAAGGAAUCAGAAUGUUAUCUACAACAAUUGUCCCUCAGAUCUACAGACGACUUGGGAAGACUGAACAGGGCGGAGUUUUUGCUGCAGUGGAGACAACGCAUUUCAGUUCAGUUGCAAAAAUGCAAUGCGAAAGUUAUCUACCGCAAGGUAGAGGGGGUGCUGAGAAGUGGCAAAUAAGAAGUGUUAUCUGUGAUAAUAGAGAAGAAACGUGGACCAAUACGGUCCAUAUAUCAUAUAUGUUUUUUCAAGUGUAGUUUAUGCAGAGAACAAAACUUUCAAAUAUUUUACUUUAGACGUGGCUGUACUAGCUCCUCUAGCCUGUAAUAGUUUCGAUGUUUGAAAUUAUACUACCAUUGACAGACAGACAGACAGACAGACACACAAUUUAUUCUCAUCCAGAUUCUACUUGUACAUAAGCUAGGAUUUUUUAAAUACAAAUCAGUCCUUGCAAACAACAAAGUCAUUAACUAAUGGACUUGACUUUGAAUGUCAAAAUCAAAUAAUCUAUCUAAAU